GCCCGCCGCGCUCAGGAGCACGCCGUGCUCCGAGCGCCAGUCGACGUUCCGCGCGCCCGCGAACUCCUCGAACACCGCCCGCCGCGCUCAGGAGCUCCAAACACCAGUCGACGGUCCGCGCGCCCGCGGCGCGAUGUUCUGCUUGAGCUGCAAGGAGGCGCCGGCGCGGCCGCCGCCGCCGCCGCGGCGCCCGCCGCCCGCGACCGCACCGCUGCGAGAAACGACGGCGCCGCCCAUCGCGGCGACGACGACGCCGCCGCCGCCGCGCGAGGCCGUCGUCCUCGGCGAGGAGCCCGCGCCGCGCCGCGGGCCGUCCGGCGGCCUCUUCGUCGUCGGCUUCGCCGUCAUCCUCGGCUCGCUCCACGGCGUGCUCGAGCCGCGGGAGUGGGCCGCGUUCGCCGUCGGCAUGGCCGUGACGUGGGCGGCGUGCACGUGGCGGUCGGGCGAGCCUCCGCCGCGGGAGCCGACGGCGGCGGCCGUCGAGGACGUGCCCGAGGUGUCGGGCACGCGCCUGAGCGACGCGGAGCACGCGGAGGGCGCCGCGCGCGCGCGGCUCGAGCCCCUGCGGCGGGGCCUCGACGCGAUCGAGGCGCUCGGCAAGGGCGAGCGGCGCGGCUGGGACAGAUGGGGCGUGCGCGACGGCAUCGAGGUCUGGUUCCACGUCAACGAGGCCACGGGCGUCAAGGACUCCGUCGGCGUCACGACGGUCGACGCGCCGCGCGACGCGGUGCUCGCCGCGCUCGACGAGAAGGCGCACUCGCCCGAGGCCUGGGAUAAACAGUUCAAGAAGCUGACGAUCCUCGAGACCUACGACGCCCGCCUCCUCGACGGCGCGGGGCGGUCGGGCCUCGAGUGCGCGCUGCGGCGCUACGAGUACCACGCGGUCUUCCCGACGAAGGCGCGCGACUCCGUCUGCGUCGUCGGCGUCGUCGCCGACGGGCCGGACCGCGCCGUGCGCUGCGUGACGUCCGCCGACGAGUCCGGCGACGGCGGCGGCGACCUCGGCGCGCUGCGCGCCGCGGCGCGCGCGGCCUUCGACGCGUUCAUCGCGGAGAUCGACGCGGAGCCGACGGCCAACGGCUGGACGCGCGUCGGCGGCGAGGACGGCGUGUCGCGGUUCCUGCGGCCGUCGGACGACGGCGGCAAGGACGCCAUGAGCCGCGGCGUCGUCCGCGCGCCCGCGUCGGCCAUCGACGCGGCCAUCGCCGGCGCCGCCGACGAGGUGCCGAACCGCCUCGAGCGCAUGCAGGACUGUCGGACGACCGUCGCGUCGCGGCCGAGCGGCGGCCUCGAGCUCCCGGACGGCUGGGCGCCGAGCCGGCCCUUCACGGUCGACGUGCUGACCUACAAGAAGGUCUGGCCCCUGGCGACGCGCGAGGCCGUGAUCCUGGGCGUCUGCGCGACGAAGGGCGACGUCGCCGUGCGGCUGGGCACGUCCGUGGACCACCCGGCCGCGCCGGACGCGGGCCGCGUGCGCCUCGACGUGCGCGCGUCGGGCUACCACAUCCGGCCCCUGGGCCCGCGCGAGACCAUGGUCACGACCGUGUCCUUCGUCGCGCCGGGCGGCGCGCCGGCGUUCAUCGUCGACCGCCUCGCGACGAGCCGCACGCACCUCGUCGCGAAGAUCCGCCAGCUCGACGCGCUCGGCGCCUACCUCUAAUCGUCUGUUGUU